GGAAAACUUUCAUUGUUCAAAUUUCCAAGGAAGAGAAGGGGCCGAAGAUACUUUCUGGCAUGCGGGCAUGAGCAGGAGAUUGACAGAAUAUUGAAUUUCUAAGACUAUCGUACCCUAGUAGCUAGCUGUCAUUUUGCAAUGAGCGGAGGCCGUUGAAAAGGUGGCGCAUGCUACAGAAGUUGUGUUGCUUGGAAAUUUGUGAUUUGACCAGGAAGCUUCUUUGCAACGGGUGGGCAACUCUAAAACCAUAGGGGCCAAGAAGUCUGGAAACAGCUCACCUGUUUUUCAACCUUCAUAAAGCAGCUUUUUAAAGGUUGUUGCUUAAGGAGACGUUGCACAAUGGGGAACGUUGACGUGGCGCAGCAUAAGCACUUGAAAUCACCUGCAUGGGCCUGGAAAGGAGUGGGUCCUGAGAACAGCGCGCCUGCUCAGCUUGCUAACAGUCCAAUCGCAAACCUUGCCGCGAGACUAGCAGCCAUCCGCGUCGGGCAAGCCACCAUGCAGGCACCAGUCUCUGCAAAAACUGCUGAUGUCAGCGCCUCGCUGGCGAGACAGGCUGGCGACGACAACAAGGAGAACGUGGGGGUGUUUGGGAGACAAGGCUGGAGGGAGCUCAGCUUCGAGGAGCGCCUGAAGGGAGCUGCCAAAAGCAAGGCGGAGGUGACGGCAGCGGCGGUCCAGACUGUGCAUGGACUGCAACAGGGCUUGGAGAACCUCAGGAGCAGCCCCGUGAGAAGGGUCAGCAUAGACGCCUUACCAAUGGCAGCGAAUGUCGAAGCUGCAGGAGCCAAGGCAGGUAGCACUUUGCAAGAAAGGUUGAGCGUUGGAGAGAGGUGUGGGAGUCAGGGUGCAAGCGCAGAGACGGAAGCAAAGGGACGGUGGACACGCAUGUGGACGCAGCUUCCGGAAGAAGGGCAGCUCGCUGAUGUUAGCAGAGGGAAUGCGGUGGAUUUGGGUGCUGGAGGCCAGGAGAAGGGGUUGGGAAAAGCUACUGCUGUGGGCAAAGGUGUUGCUUCGGAGGUUCGAGAGGCGUCUCUCCACAUGGAUUGCACAGCCCUCGGUGCCGACAUCGCACAGCUUCCGAGCCAGGUGGACGCAACGUCAUACCUGCUCGGCGAGCGUGCGGCGCUCGAGCGCGCUUUCCAGCAGGUCGUUCCGCACAGAGACCAGGUCACAACGCUGCAUGGGGUGGUGGCGCAACUGCAAAGUGUGACCCAGCAAGAGAGCAGCCGGCUACGGCGCCUCGAGAAUGCCGGUGGCGUGCUUCAUCUGUCCAUGUCGACCGCAACCGAGCGGCUUGAAAGGAUUGAGCAGACUGUCCCUGCCCUGGAGAUAUCUCUCGCUGAGCUGCGGGGACACUUAGAGGGUAUGGCAUACAUGUCUGCGGAGCUGACUGCCGUGCGAGCGUCUCUAGCCGCCCUCCAGGCGAACCAGGAGCACAUCAAGGAGCGGCUGAGCUACUCGAGCAGUACCUUCUUCAAGUUUCUGACGGGGUCGUGGGGGCGCUUGCUGGGCUACUUGGCGCGUGCUGACGUGGCAGCCCUGUACCUUGCACGGAAGAUCCUGCUCGACACGAGCGGGGAGAAAGAACCCUUGCUACCCAUAUACGCGCCGCCUCCUCCCUCCGCUGACGCCGACUCCAACCUCCAUGACGUCAGCAAGUUCGAGUGGUCUGCGGACCACGUGCACGCUCUCGCACGUGCCAUCUCUCGCCACCGGAAGGUGCGGUCGGCAGCCGGCGCGAUCCUGGUCGUUGCAGCGGUGGAGGCCACGUGGCGGCUCCAGAAGGCGGCGAGAAAGCCGCUCCCACGAGUGCUUCGCUCGAUGACGGUUCCGCUUGACACGUGUCUCCGUGUUGCCCGCAUCUGCGUAUGGGCGUCCGCGUUUGUCGUCGGGGCCGAGGAGCUGAAGAAGGGCUGCUACUCGGCGGCGGACUCGGUCGCCAAGCUGCAGGAUAACGUGGCAGAGGGGAUCAAGACACGUGGCACGAUCUUAGCGGACGGGCUUGCAGCGCACAGUCUCGUGCUGCGGGACAAGUGGGGUCAGAUGUGGAGUCGGCUCGCGCAUGUGGGGGACACGUUGGGAUUCGAGGGGGCUGCCGGAAAGAGUGUGAGCGAUGGGGAUGACGUGGAAGAGGUGUUGAUAGCGGAUGCGCGCUGUCGGGCAGUUGGCUAUGUGCAUGGGGAGAGCUUUCCACCAAGGUGUUGAUGCUAUUUCGUUAGGUGGCAAAGUUUGUUUGCUUACAAGAUAGAAUAGGAAUAGAGCUGAGCUGCAGCGUUCCUCUCGACACGUCUGAAUAUAUGUUGCUAUCAAGAAGGUGCAAAUUGUUGACUUCGUAAUAAAGCUGGCUUCCGUGGUGUAUUUCGAACAUAAAGCUGAUGGGCCGACUUAGACAAAGCAUUUACCACGGCUUAGGUCGAUGCAUAAGAGUGGCCGCAAAGUCACAUACUAGGCAGCUUUCGCUGUACUUUAUUUUGCAAGUAUCUAAACACAUUUGUGCUCGGCAGGGUCCUUAUCGAUCAUGGGUAAUAACUGCCUACCUACUUCAAACACAAGGACAUAUGAUUGUCAAAUUGCCGGUAUCGCAUCGGAGAAGUGAGCUAGACAAGAUAAUUUUCUCUGAC